GCUACUACUACUACUAUUACUUCUUCCUUCGCCCUCCACAAGACCCUCUUCUACCUUGGGGUGUCAUACAUCACACCCCCCUCCGAUUUCAAACACGCGAGUGUCGACCGAGCCGGGAAAAAAGGAAAGCAAGACAAUUAACUGUACACUGGAACUAGAUCUACAGCACGGGACUCUUAUUCUCGAUCUCGUCCCGUUUGAAUUUUUGCGAGCUGAUCGCCUACCCUCGAGCGCUAAAAAGUCUGGGAAACAAACUUUUAGGAUAGUGUUCGGCUUGCGAAGGAACUUGGGCUGACAGCCCAAACCUUGGAACGUGGGGAAACUUGGAAGGGCCCCGUAAUACCUACGAAAUAACUUCUCUCCCACCUCUGCCACUACUACUGCCACUAGGUACCAGACUACCUUGUACAAAACUAGAGAGACGCCCCCCGACUCGGGUUUCUUCUUUUUCCCGUUUUCCCUUAUUAAUCUACAUGGCUGCUAGCACAGUGUCGCCGAUAGCGACCUCGAGUCCUUUGACAGCCAUGAAUCCCACGACGACAGAGCACGACUUCCGCUUCCCGCGAAGGCCAUUCGAGUCCCACGAGUCGAGUAAAAAGAAUACCGACGAGAAUAGCCCCGGCGAUUUGCGCUUCAACGAGCUCAAUUUGGACUUUACGAAGGCAGAGAAUGCACCAUUAUUCGACUUCCUACAAUCUUCUAUAAUUCCUGCUCUGCAGAAUGGCGUGUCUAAAAACGAGGAGAAUUUAGAGCAGGUGCAGCAGAGCGAUCCGCUGGCCACCCAAAUUUGGAAGUUUUACCGCAACGCGAAGCAAACACUCCCAAGCCAGGAGCGCAUGGAGAAUUUGGCGUGGCGCAUGAUGCACUUCAAGCUACGGAGGAAGCAAGCAGAAGAUGCUCGGUGCGCAGCUCUUCGUGAGACCGGCAAUGCCGCGGCAAAUGGCACCAAUGCUCCGAGUGGUAUUGCGCAGCUGAGAAAAACGUCGGAUCAGAACUUUAUGCAUAUGGACCCUAUGAACCUCGAUGACUUCAUAUUCCCCGAGAAUGUCGCGACUCCAGCGGGAUUGGCAGCGACGCCUUCGCCCGACGUGAAUAAGCAGGACGGAGAGAAAUCGGCACAUACUACCGCCGCCGCCAUUCCUAUUAAAUCUCGCAAACCUGGUCCGCAACAUUUUGUUCCUCAGUCGGUUCCUGUUCCCCCUCACCAGAGAAACCAAGACGAAUUCGCAUAUGUCACUCGGCAUCACCGGAAAACUAGCAUUGAUGACAGACGAACUCGAAACUUGAAGCGUCCUGCUAACUUUUCGCCUCAUGUCUCCGCCCUCAACAGCAACAACUUUGUUGCAAAUGAUCUAGAUGCUGAUUCUGACCUCCACGAAUACUCCUUAGAUAACACACAUACCAAUGGUAACCCCCACGCGCCGCAUCAUUCAAAUGUCCCUUUCCCACUUGAAACCUUUUCUAUGGAGAACGAUCCAAUCAUUACCUCGGCCGGACCAUUCCAGCAAGGAUUUUCAUUCUCACCAUCGAAUUCGCCAAUGGUUCACCAUGGACCCUUUUCAAACUUAUACAACCACCAUGGUGUUGCUUCGAACUCGGUAAAUGGUGCAGACUAUUACUCCCCACCUGGAUCUGCCUACCAGUCUGCCGUUUCUACACCUCACCCCAUGGUAGAGAAUGAGAAUAUGUUCUUCGGCUCGAUGGAUAUGCGCCAUCAACGAGCACAGAACUUCCGUGCAGGUGCAGGAUCAAUGAGAAACCAAUUAGGCCAGCAAUUCAUGCAACAACAUAACGGUAACUCGAUGUUCCCGCCUGCUACUACCGGAGGAGACUCAUCCACUUCGUUUACCCAAAGCCUCAAUUUUGGGCACGUUGAUCCGACCCAGGUUUUCCAGCCUGACCAUCCAGUUCGUUCGCCAGGUGUUGGUGGCAUGAUGCAUGAGAAUAUAUUUAAUUUUGGAGCGGAUUCUGAUAAUGAGGAUGAUGAUGGUGGUGCAUUCGCCGACCGCAACAUAGGGAUGCACCAAGCAUUUUCGCCGGAUAACGAGUCAGGAAUGGAUUUGGGUAACCAAAAUUCAUUGGGAUGGGACGCUUCCUUGCCCGGACAAUUUAGCACACAAGCAGCUCGUUACCCCGGUGGGCCACCUCGUAAGCAAGUUACUAUUGGAGGAACAACAACAGAUUUUCUAGAUUCUGGUGACUGGGACACCCAAAGCAAUUUACCAAGGUCCCAGUCGUUUCGAUCAUCCAGUGACAGGCGCCAGAAGAUUCCUCGUACAGCGUCAACACCAAACGCUAACAUGGCUGGUCGCGGAAAUCCAUUCGACAAAUUGGCUCAAUCGAACCCGAGUUCUCCGCCUGCGGACAUGCCAGGGAACGUCUCAGGCUUUUCUUCCGUUGCACCAAGUCGACCUACUUCCCCGCCCGGCUCCAAGCAUGGCUCCACGAGCAACCUGCAAGCUGCCGCUGGAGGGCAGGGAGACGGAAACGCACCAACCACAUGUACCAACUGUUUCACUCAAACUACACCGCUAUGGCGCCGUAACCCAGAAGGCCAGCCUCUUUGCAAUGCUUGCGGUCUAUUUUUGAAGCUUCACGGAGUCGUGAGGCCGUUAAGUUUGAAGACCGACGUUAUCAAGAAACGUAAUCGUGGAUCUGGUGCAAGCCUCCCGGUUGGUGGAACGAGCACGAGGUCUAAAAAGAACGCCGGAAACUCGUCGGGUGCCGCGUCUGGUACCGGCUCGCGUAAAAAUUCGACACUAACUUUGUCAGCUACGAACAACGCAACGCAAGCAACCACACCACCAUCGGCGGCGAAUAGAGCUGGUAGUGUCAACGAGGGUGAAAGCCCUGCUAGUGGUGCUGGUGGUUCCGGUGGUAACACGGCAGGUAGUACACCGACGAGCUAUGCAGGUUCUGCUAAUGGUGCGGUCGGCGGCAAGGGCGUUGUCCCUAUUGCGGCAGCCCCUCCCAAGAACGCACCAGGGCCAGGUGCUGCUUCACUUCCGCGAAGUGUUAGCACCAGUGGCUCAUCGAAACGGCAACGUCGCAGCAGUAAGAGUACUGGUCCAAACGAAUCGUCCAUGGACGUUGAUAGCCCCGAGAAUUCGACUGGUUCGAAUGAAGCGGCCCGUUCCAUUGGUUCCUCGAGUGGUUUUGCUGGCAUGUCAAACCCAGGAAAUUUAGGGCUUGCCAAUGGUUUUGGUAUGACUCAAAGACCAAUGAUGGGAUCUGGCAUUGGCGGAAUGUCUGGAGGUUCCAGCACUGUGAUGAAUUCCGCCUCUGGAAAUGGACCGCAGGAAUGGGAAUGGUUGACGAUGAGUCUCUAAAUUGACCCGAAACAUUAUUGCAACUGUAACUGAAUAUUACGCACGACACGACUUCGAAUCUUAUCGACUUACGCAUUCUCUCGGACGAACAUCAUUGGAUUUUGCAUGGAGGUUUUCUGAUUCUAAUUUCUCAUACUCAACCUAAGAGGGGUCCCUAACCAAUUUGUUACGAACGAUGACUCGGCCGAACUCGCUACAGUGCGAAGAACGAUUAAUCACGACAUCAUCAUACAUCGGCGUUGGGUUUAUCUAGUGUCUUACCACCAAGCGACCAUCAUUUUCUACAGAUUUUUCACACAAGACGUUUCACGGCUUUUUAUCUAUAACCUGUGGUAUUAGGUUUUUCUUGGUGUAUGCGGA